UUAUCACUCCCUGUCAUUCAUUAGCUGCCGCGGGCAUUGAAGAGACACGAAGUCAAAAAGACAGGAGGAAACACAAAAGACUUAUCACAUAAUGUGAUUUUCUUAUCCUGGAUUUACUUUGAAAUGUGAUCAGUACCUCAAUACCUGAAAAUUUUGGACUGCUUUGGACUUGUUUAACGUACGCGGAAUGGUUUUUAUUAGAACUCACCUUCGUCAUUAACCUGGUAUGUCGACAAACAGAGAAGAAACUAAAUUGCAAGGCAAAGAACACGAUACGAUUAUGAUGUUACCACGUGAUGGCGUUCUGUACACCAUGGAAAUAAAACUGAUAUAUUUUGUUAUUUUUGGAUUAUUCCUGGGACUUUGUUUGGCGAAUGUAUCCAACUCUGACAAUCCUUCCACAUGCCGUGGAUAUUGUGAAAUAUUUAGUGACAUCUGUAAAAAUGGAGGAACUUGUGUGGAAACCUCUCCGUGCAGUAAUACUGGGAGAUGCAAAUGUCCGCCAAAUUAUGAAGGAGAGCAUUGCCAGAAACUAAUCAACCCAGAAGAGGGCAAAGCAAGUCAGUCAGCAAAGAAAAAACCAAGAAGGAAACAUAGAAACCUUCUACUUCUUUCAUUGUUCAAGAGUUUAGCGUUACCCCGAUCUGAUUCCAAAUUUACCAAUAAUAUCGGGGAUGAUGGCCCAACUAAAACUCAUAAAGAUAAGGUUGGAAUAUCAAAUCAAAAACAAGACACAAAUGCCGUCAAAACAACCACAUCUUCCACUGUCACCACCACAACAAGGCCGACGACGUUAUCAUUACCAUCAACGACAACCACAGCUACCACCACCACUAGUACAUCAACUACCACCACUAUUACAACAGAUGAGACAACAAACACCAAAACAACAACCCCAGACGCUUCUGAAACCCCGGUGACAUCUACAGAAAACAGUGACGAGGUGACGACUAUUGCUGGUGAGACUUUAGCAAGCAGCGCUGACAGUUACAACGUGAUCUCUGAAGAACAAACAACUGAAGCAAAAACAAAAGAAUAUCAAACGACUACAGAACUCACAAAAGAGCAGGAUGUUAUGCAGAAUAUAACUGAGAAUGGCGUCAACGUCGAUAUAAAUAAAAACAAUUCUCCCAUUGCGAUUCUUCCCGUUCAUUCAACAGCUUCUACUAAACAAAAUCUUGAAGAGAGCAGGAAUGCAGAAUCAACCGAUUCUAAAUUCAUCCAACAUGUGACGGGCGAUGCUAGAUUUAAAAUGGACCAAGCCAAUCCAUCUGUGUUGCCUUCGCUGAGCUCGUCAACAGAGAGUAUGCCUACUAAAAAGGAGGGAAAACAAAAUAGUAUUGAAAUUUUACCCUCAAAAUCAGAGCCAUUAAGUACAUUUGACAGCCCGGUCAAAAAAGCAGAAUCACAUACGACUUUAGGAUCUUUGCUCUUUCCGAAGACUAUUGGGCAACCUCCUGUUAAGAGUGUGUCAGUGUUGGAACUUCCUCUCAUUGACAAUAAAAAAGAAAAUACAAACUCUGAGAAGUUAGGUAACUCCUUUGCUGUCGCAAACCAACCUCAGUCAACGGAAAUUACGAAGCAAGAUUUGUCACGAAACAAAGUUACAAAACUGUUUCCGGCAACAGAAUCGCAAAUUUCAACAACAGCUUCACAGUUGAUAAGCAACACUGAACUCAAGCAAGACUCAGAAAAAGUAUCAAGUUCUCCAUUACCUGAAACAAAUAUUGUGGAUAAUGAGGUCAAUUUCCGUGAACUGGUAGGUGGUCAACCCGAAAUAGCAGGAAGAAAAGAUUCUCAAAGUUCUACAGGUGCCCCAGAAACGUCAGACAUUCCAGCUUCAACGCAGCGCUCAAAGUCCAUUAUUAACAAUGUUAUAAAGGUUGUGGAAAAAGCUUUGGAUAAAUCUAAAGUAUCCUUGAUUGAUACGCUACCAUCAGAGAAGGUAGAUAGCGAUUCUAAGAGUAACUCCACGUCUGGUACUGCAGAACCUCCUCAAACAGAAAACAAACUUUACGACAAAAUCACCACGCUUACCAACAGACUAACAAAGGAGUUCGCUAGCAGUCUGAAGAAAAUCAUCAAAUCUGUUUUCACAGAACCGGAAUCAUCGAACACAAUGACCCCGGAUAAGGAUUCAAAUUUCGAUGUCAUUAUUCCUGACAAUGUGAAUGACUUAAAUCAAUUAGACCAACACAUGCACAGAAUUAAACCAGUGAAUAACAAAAAAGACAAACAAAUACCAACCAAUUCUCAUGCUCCAGAGAAAAUCACCGACAACCCCGGGAUAAAGCCUACAGUGGAAGGGGAGAAGUUACUCGACUCCCAGACGACGGUUGGUUACACUACUUCAACUUCAGAUGUUCAGUAGUGAACUAUCGGCUCUGGGCUGAACAAGAAAUCCCAACAACGCGAGUGUCAAGUCCCGGAUAGUGUUGUUAAAUAGUGUCAAUUCAGUCGGUGAAAUAUGCUAUUGCUUUUUUCGUCGCUUGUCAGUUUCACGUAUUGUGCAUUUUGUACAAUUACUGUUGUGCAUUGCACAUCCUGUUUAAUAAAUGCCCAGAUUUAUUUGGUGUUUGCUUGAGGGAUUUAUAAGAACAAUGCUGUUGUAAACAGCGCAUUAUAUUUCUCUUAAGGUUUCGAAAUGGUGACCUUGUUCGAUGGAACGUUACAGUGGACGAAUGCCGAGAAUAGUCGAGUGGAUCGUUGAAAUCAAGUUAUCAUCCAGUAGGACUU